GGUGAUUGGUCAGUUUGUUUAGGAAGUAAAUCAUCGCCUCAUUUCAAUUGGCCAAGACACGUCACGUGACGGUUGUACAACCAAGUUUCUUACUGACCGAGCAGGCUGUUAUGCGAGUUCUCGCACGAUAAUACACAUUUACAAAACAAUUCCAACGUCGGAAACGUAGAAUCAGGUUCAGCUUUAUUUUUCGCACUGUGUUGGUUAUAAUCUUCAGCUGCGUUUAAUGUUUGCGAAUAGCUUACUCUGGUUUCACGGUACGGACGUGCGGCGCACUUGGGACUUUGACAUCACACAUACAGUAUGACCGCGACGAUACCUUGAGAACUGUAAUGCAGUCAUUGAUUUGCCUGAUUCAGUCUUCAACAUGAUAAAUGAUCUAUUAUGUAGUUGUUAGGUGGUCACGCAGUCCGGACAAACGCCCGUAUACAGUUACAUGCCGACCAGACCUUCUCCAUCUGUCUCUUCCUUUUUCUUUCUCUACCUUUCUUCUGUGUCAUCAUUUUCCGGCUGAAUGCUGCAGGCAUUGCCUCAGAUUAGGAGAGCGGUCAAGAGGGUUCAGCGAAUUGGAGCCCAGAUCAUCCCAAUGGCUCAGAACUGCAAUACAUCCUCCACACAGAAAAAUGGCAGCGCCACAGCAGCGAUUCUCAUCAUAGGAGAUGAGAUCCUCAAGGGUCACACUGUCGACACUAACAGUGCCUUCUUGUGUCGUGGCCUUCGAAAGCUUGGCAUCACAGUGGAGCGCAUCACUGUGGUACCGGACGUCCAGGAAGUCAUCGCUAAAGAAGUAUCUCAGCUUUCCUCCACCGUUACUCACCUCAUCACAUCAGGUGGCAUUGGUCCCACCCAUGAUGAUGUCACUUUUGAGAGCGUUGCUAUGGCAUUUGGAGAAGAACUUUAUGCCCACCCUGAAAUGACAAAGCUAGUGGAGGGAUUUUUUGGUACAGUCACUUCUGACAGUGCCCCCAUGAAGCUUGCUAUGGUCCCAGCAUCUGCAAAACUCAAUUUUGGCAUAGACCCUCAGACAGGCCAACGAAACCGAUUCCCGCUAGUCAGCGUUCACAACGUAUACAUAUUUCCUGGCAUCCCUUCUCUACUUGAGAAGUCUUUCAAUGGACUUAGCCAUCUAUUUUCAGGGUCUGGUACCACCUUUCACACCCGUGAAGUAUUCGUGAAUGCAGAUGAGACUGAGAUAGCCCAGAGUCUCUCAAAACUGCAGGCAGGUUGGGGCAAGCGUGUCUCUUUGGGCUCUUAUCCAGACUGGCUUAGUAAUUAUCAUCGUGUCCGACUGGUUCUGGACACAGACAGUGUAGAGGAAGUGGAACGGGCUCGAACUCAAUUAAUAGAAGAGCUUCCUAAAGGAUCGGUGGUUCCCCUUGUCACUGACCCGAUCUCUGUCGCAGCUCAAGAGGUUUACUCGCUCUCUAAAAGUGAGACACAGUUGGGGAAGAAAGUAGCUGCAGCAUUGGGGACCAUUGAGAUGGCGUUGGAUAAAUAUUCUGUUAAUGAGAUCUGUGUUGGCUUUAAUGGUGGCAAGGACUGCACAGCUCUACUACAUCUAUAUUAUGCUGCACUGAAACGGAGGUAUCCAGAUGGUAAAGACCGACUAAAAGCACUGUACAUUCGCAUUGUCUCUCCUUUUCCAGAAAUGGAGAGGUUUUUGCAGGACACAAUUAAAAGGUAUGACCUGGAGCUGUUCUCAGUGGAGGGCAGUAUUCGGCAGGCUCUGAAUGAGGUGAAGGAAAGGAGGCCAGAUUUAAGGGCAGUUCUGAUGGGAACGAGACGGACCGACCCUUACUCUCACACUCUGACACCGUUCUGUCCCACAGACCCAGGCUGGCCUGAUUACAUGAGGGUCAACCCACUGCUGGAAUGGACAUAUCAUGACAUCUGGUCGUUCCUGAGAACACUGUAUGUGCCCUACUGUAUUCUCUAUGACAAGGGAUACACUUCUUUAGGUAGUAUGGAUAAUUCAUACAGGAAUCCAUCUCUUAAAAUGGUGGACGAGAGGGGAGCGACCCGCUAUAAACCAGCCUACAUGCUGGAAAAUGAAGAGGAGGAACGCAACUCAAGGGAAUGAUGAUUCUUCGGAUAAAGUUUUUAACCAAGGCCAUUUUAACUACCUGUGGUAGUUUGUGUUGUGCCUCUGCCUAUGAAUGUUGUGAAGGAAUGUGAGAAGUAUCACUGUAUGCUGUAUUUAAGAUUCAUAUUAAAACAGUAUCAACGUGU